GCCAAACAGUUCCCCAAACCUUUUUGUUCACGCAUCCGAUGUCGACGAUGAAGAUGGAUACUUGGCUGCGGAAGUAUAGAGGCAUGCAGGCCCUGAAAACGGAAGAUGAGGACGAAGACUCUCUGCCUCUGUCCUUCGAGAAGAAGCAGAAGACGACCUGGCCGUGGUUGCCCUUGGCCUGCACCCUCCUGCUUGCCGCAUCCGCCGUCUCCUUCAACAUGCGGUGGUAUCGCGGCAUCUCGGGCGACCCCAUCGACCUCCCUCCGCUGCAGUACACCUUUACCGACCAUCCAGAGAUGCGUCCGUUCGACCAAGAGACGUCGGACAUCUGGCUCCCAUGGGGCCGGGACCAUUGGUGGAGCAUGGAAUGGAGAGACCCGAGCGGCGCCCACCUGACGCAAGGCAUCGACAUGCUCCAUAAGCUACACUGCCUCGUCUCCAUCCGGGAGGAGUUCACGAUGAUGGCGACGGACAAGAACCGACGGGUGUUCUUCAACGACAAGACGGCAGAGUCCAUUACCCGUAGAAUGCACAUCAAGCAUUGUUUUGACUUCAUCCGUGGGGACAUCCUUUGUGGGGCAGACGCGACUGUUGAGCCCUUGGAUCCAGGCUACACCAGAAGCGACGGCUUGGGGGUAGAGCAUCAGUGUCGCAAUUGGGAUGUGGUGAUGAAGUAUGCCGCGGCAAAUGACUACUUCCCAGACCAGCUCAAGGGGCUGAAGUAAAUGAUUACCCCGGUGCCUUAAUCAGGUAGAGGUAGACAAGAAAUGGGAGUAAUUGUACCAAGUAAUACUUGCAUCAAGCAAAGUAUUCAUGCUCCUCUAGCGAGACAAGAGCUUGUGUUGUGGCGAUGCGCUAUGUUAGGUGAAGA